ACGCACGCGCUCUCUCCGUCUUCAUUCACGCACACUUGUCCCACCGGGAUGCAUCCACGGCCACCAGCAGCGCGCCAGCGUUACGCACUCAUGGCUGCGCACGUAGCGCGGAGGUUCUCGGCGCUCCUCUGGAUAACCGCCGCGGUCUCCGGCUCCAGGAGCAGGACUUACCCGGGAAAUGAAGUGACCCUGCUGGACACCAGGACCGUACCAGGAGAGCUGAAAUGGGCAGCAAGUCCCUCAGAAGGAGGGUGGGAGGAGGUGAGCAUCAUGGACGAGAAAAACGUGCCCAUCAGGACCUACCAGGUGUGUAACGUCCUGGAGCCCAGUCAGAACAACUGGCUGAGGACGGACUGGAUCCCCAGAUCUGGGGCGCAGCGCGUCUACGUGGAGGUCAAGUUCACGCUGAGAGACUGCAACAGCCUGCCCGGGGUGACUGGCACCUGCAAGGAGACGUUCAAUCUGUACUACCACGAGUCCAACGAGGACGGGGAGAAGUCGAUCAAAGAGAGCAGCUUCAUUAAGGUGGACACGGUGGCGGCCGACGAGAGCUUCACUCAGGUGGACGUGGGCGACCGCAUCAUGAAACUGAACACGGAGGUGCGAGACGUGAAGGUGACCAACAGGAAGGGCUUCUACCUGGCCUUCCAGGACGUGGGCGCCUGCAUCGCCUUGGUGUCCGUUCGGGUCUUCUACAAAACCUGCCCGCUGACCGUCCGUAACCUGGCAACCUUCCCGGACACGGUGACGGGGGCCGACACCUCGUCCCUGGUGGAGGUCAGGGGGUCCUGCGUCGACCAAUCGGAGGAGAGAGAGGAGCCUAAGAUGUACUGCGGCGCCGACGGAGAGUGGCUGGUUCCCAUCGGGGGAUGCUCUUGUCAGCCGGGAUACGAAGUCAAGGGCAGCGCGUGUAAAGGUAAGCGGCUUGUUUUUGUUGCUGUGAUUACGGUCUGA